GCUUCACCUAGAAAUUAAACAAUACCCAAAGACAUGCCGUGUUCAUCUCUCUAAACUCCAAUCUUGUGUUCAACCUCCCUACUUAUAGCUAUAUAUCUCUCUUUGGUUACCAUACUUUGUUUCUUUCUCAUGCAUGCUAAUUCCCUUCCUAUAGGUUAGUUGUGCUCACAAGUUUGUUAUUACAAGCUUGAAUAUUGAUUAGGGUUAGGGUUCAUAUUAUUGAGUUUGAAAAAUUUUGAAGGGGGAAGGAGAAAAGAUGGAAGGAGCAAAUAAAGAAGCUGAGAAAUUGCCACCAGGGUUUCGAUUUCAUCCUACCGAUGAAGAGCUGAUAACAUACUAUUUGACUGAGAAGAUUUCUGAGUCUAAAUUCAGCGCGAGGGCGAUUGCAGAUGUAGAUCUCAAUAAGUGUGAACCAUGGGAUCUCCCAGGUAUAAUUCUCAUUUAUUUUUUCAUUAUGACUAAUUUGGUAAGUCAAAUGGGAGAGAAAGAAUGGUAUUUCUUCAGCCUAAGGGAUCGGAAGUACCCGACUGGAGUGCGGACCAACCGAGCAACCAGCGCUGGUUACUGGAAGACGACGGGCAAGGACAAGGAGAUUUUCAAUAGCCAGAGCUCAGAGCUUGUUGGGAUGAAGAAGACAUUGGUGUUCUAUAAAGGCAGAGCUCCGAGAGGGGAGAAAACCAACUGGGUCAUGCAUGAGUAUCGCCUUCAAUCAAAACCUACCUUCAAAGCUAACAAGGACGAAUGGGUAGUCUGCCGAGUGUUCAUGAAAAGCUCUGGCGCCAAAAAGUAUCCCUCGAACCAAGCUCGAGCAGCAAAUCCCUACACCAUCGACAUGAGCACUGCCAUGAUGCCCUCCCUCCUCCACUCUGCCACCGACCCCUACCAAUUCGCCCUCAACCGCAACCACCACUUAACUCCUUCCGAGCUCGCAGAGCUCGCAAGGUUCGCAAAAGGACAGCCAGGCUUCAACCUCCCUAUCCAACCUCAACUCAACUACCCAUCCAACUUCACUCUCUCCGGGCUGAACCUCAACCUUGGGGCCCAAGCCCAACAACAGCCCGUCCUCAGGCCCAUGCCUUUGCCGAUGCACCAGCAGCAGGUGGUCUCUGAACCGAACUCGUCGGUUUUGACUGACUGUGUUCUCGCUGGAGAUGGAGGGUUUGGUAGUGCAGGAGCUUGUGUUGACCUUGAGAGUUAUUGGACUGCUUAUUGAGGAACCUGUGUUGGAGUUAAGAUCAGAGCAGAUAGACGUCUGUGUUGUCCAUGUUACCUUGUUUAAGAUAGUAAUAUUGUUGCCUGACGGAAUCAUCGUCUUAAUGUAAUGAUUAUAGACUGAAGACAUGUGUAGCGAGACGAUUAUUUUCGUUGCAGAUAUUGAUAUAGAUACAGAUAGCACAUUCCCAGC